ACACUAUUACAUCCCCACCGAGAGCUUCCCCUAUAAAAACCCUAAAAACGCCGAAUUUGAGAGUUUUAGGGUUACGCCGCUUCUGUCGUUGAGUCUCAGCUUCGUCAAGCUCCCAAAAUGGUGCAGGGUCGCAAAGGAGAGCGCGUCAGACUCUAUGUGAGGGGCACAAUCCUGGGAUACAAAAGGUCCAAAUCAAACCAGUACCCAAACACUUCUCUGGUCCAAAUUGAGGGAGUGAACACUAAGGAGGAGGUAGCAUGGUAUGCUGGAAAGAGAUUGGCCUAUAUCUACAAGGCCAAGGUGAAGAAGAAUGGAACCCACUACCGCUGCAUAUGGGGCAAGGUUACAAGGCCCCACGGUAACAGUGGUGUUGUUCGCACAAAAUUCAAGUCAAACCUUCCUCCUAGAUCAAUGGGAGCACGGGUAAGAGUUUUCAUGUAUCCAAGCAACAUAUGAGAUGCUGAUGAUAAGAUGCCCGGUAGAAUUCUCAGUUGAUUUAUAGUCACAAGGAAUUUUGUUUCAUUUCCGAAAAAGUUUAUUGUUGAUUGUGUCCUUAACUUUUGAGAACUCUUUUUAGACGGUUGUAGGACUGAAUGGUAUUCCCUAUUUAUUUGCUUUUGUCUAUGAAGAUUAUAUAUUCAGUACUA